GCUCUGAGAACUCAAGGUGAAGAAAAAAGUCUGCACGUUAACAGUUCUGCUGGAUUUCCUCUUUCUGUGCACAGGAAGAGGGGUGCUAACAACAGAAGGUUCACAGCCAAUAGGGUGACUCUGUUACAUUUGUGCAAGCUUUGUUAUUGAUCAUGCUGAUAAGAAGUGGAGUUAGUACUGAGCGCAUAUAUUCAGUGCAAAUACUGGAAAUACCAGAUGGCCAUCCACACAGUAUCAUUUUGAUGGAUGUUUUCAAGAUACGCAGCGCAUUCAGACCGGAGCUCUGGAGAGAAACAUGGAGGUUUUACCAACGCGAGGCCUUCUUUAGGCUUGGGCAGGGAAUUUGGAAACCGAAAGCUAUAUGUUUUCCUUCCUCUUCUACAUUUCCUCACCGAUUGCCUUGAGCAGAGCAAGGCAGUCUCCCUCGUAAGCGGCAGACAACAUUUUUGGGUCGAAUUGUUUCAUGGGACUUAUUCUCCUCGAUCAAAUAGGACACAUCAGGCCAGGGUCACAAUCCAGCUAACACCCUCUUUCCUUUAUAAACUCCGGUAUCAACCAAUUCUUCUGCAUGUUUGUGUUACCUGUGAUUUUAAGAAGUGUGCCAUCUCUCUGGCUGGAGCAGCAGGGAGAUAGAACAUCAGAAAGUAUUUGCUGAAUGUUUCUGGUUCUUACCUUUGAAUCCAGAAUCACUAAGGAUAUAAGCCAAGACAAUAACACUGGACUGCCUAAGUUGGGUUCCACCACUUAAACUCCUGGUGCCGACGCCUAUCACUGGACUGCCUUUUCCCCAGGGCACUGACUGUACACCACUCUACCUACCUCAUAACGUCCAGUCAUGCUCUUCAAGAGGAAGUUGUGCUUGUUUUCUCUGUUUGGUGGGAUUCUCUUUGUCAUGAUCACCAUUCAGAAGAACAACAUCCUGUCUAUGACUUUGAUGGAGACCCAUGCCACCUCCAGGACUGUGCCAGGGCCCGCUGUUAACCGAAUAUGGGCAACACCCAGUGCCACGGUGCCCAGUCCAGACAGGAUAUGUGAGUGCUCGUCCUGCAUAGCGGACAUGAAGGUUUCUGCGUGGUUCGCUCAGCACUAUGACCCCCAGCAGCAGCCUUUCCUCACAGACAGAGACAACAACAUGGACCCCCUGGCCCUGAAGUGGUGGCUGGCUUUGCAGCGGUCCACCGAUGAGCGUACGAUAUACGAGGUGAUCCAGAAGAUGUUCCAGGUCAUCGCUCCCCCCGCCAGGGAUGUCCAACCCAAACAAGCUCAAUGCAGGAAGUGUGCAGUGGUGGGGAACUCAGGAAACCUGCUGGGCUCUCAAUAUGGCUCCUUGAUAGACUCCCAUAACAGUGUCAUAAGAAUGAAUAAAGCCACCACAUUAGGGUUCGAGGCGGACGUGGGCAACAGAACGACACACCACUUCAUGUACCCUGAGAGUGCAGUGGACAUUGGCCCUGGGGUCCACCUUGUCCUGCUGCCCUUCAAACUCCGCGAUCUACAGUGGGUAGCCAGCGCCCUGUCGACGGGAGAAAUCAAAACGACAUACAUGAGGGUGAAAGAUCGAGUACAGGCUGACAAGGAUAAGGUAAUGGUGAUGAAUCCAGCAUUCUUUAAGUACACCCACGACCGGUGGACAGAGCGCCAUGGCAGAUACCCAUCCACGGGCAUGCUGGCCAUAAUAUUUGCACUGCACAUCUGCGAUGAGGUGUCGGUAUUUGGCUAUGGAGCCGAUCAACAUGGGAACUGGCACCACUACUGGGAGGAAAACAAGUACGGCGGCGCAUUUAGGAAAACCGGAGUCCACCAUGCUGAUUUUGAGACGGAGGUUAUCCAAAAGCUUGACACAGAGGGCAAAAUUAAGCUGCACAGGAGAUGAGAAUGAGCAGGGGUGGUGUGUACAGGAUGAAGCCUUUAGACUGUAGUGGUCUGGUGGUCAGAGACAGUCAAAUAUGUGCCCUGCUCUCUGUAACUAGUGCCUAUGAGCAACACAAACAACCAAAACCACAAACGGGAGUCCUCAAACCACAACAAAAACUUGAAUCAUGUACAUUGCCUUUAGAAAGUAUUCAUACCCCUUGACUUAUUACACAUUUUGUUGUGUUACAGCCUCAGAGAUCUACAGACAGUUGUGGGGUCUUAAAUAGACAGAUGUGUUUCUUUCUAAAUCCUGAACUGGCCACAGGUUGACUUCAAUCAAGUUGUACUGACAUCUCAAGGAUGAU